UUCAUGUCCAUCUUCCUGCCCCAGCCUCUCCUUCCCCUUCACUUGUGACACUCAAUGCCAGGAGGGGUGCCAGUGUAAUGAUGGGUUUGUCCUCAAUGGUAACCAGUGUGUGCCUCCAACAUCCUGUGGAUGCUUUCAUGAUGGACGCUAUCGGCAAGCUGGUGAACAGUUCUGGGAUGGGGAAGAAUGUCAGAGCUUUUGCACCUGUAAUGGUGUAACUGGUAUAGCCCAGUGUUCCCCAAAUGCAUGUGGACCUCAAGAGUCCUGCCAUGUUGUAGGGGGUGAGUUUGGCUGCCAUCCCAACCCACAUGGCACCUGCUCUGCCUCUGGAGACCCUCACUACCUGACCUUUGAUGGCAAGGCCUACGACUUCCAGGGAACCUGCCGCUAUGUUCUGGCAACAGUUUGCAAUGACACUGUGGACCUUCACCAGUUUUCUGUGAAAGCAAAGAAUGAACCGUGGUUUGGACUGCCAGUUUCUAUCACGGCUGAAGUUGUUGUUGAUGUCGUGGGCUAUCAAGUGCGCAUGUCGAGAGGCAACAGGGGAACUGUGGAGGUGAAUGGAAUCACAAGAAAUCUUCCAAUUGUCCUCAAUGGAAGCCUGUCAAUUUUUGGAAGUGGAUCUCAAACAUUUGUCAAUGCAGAGUUUGGACUGAGUGUCAUGUACGAUGGAAGUAGCACAGUGUCCAUUUCUGUCCCCCCAAGCUACAGAGAAAACAUGUGUGGACUUUGUGGAAACUUCAAUGGAAAUCCAAAUGAUGACUUCCACACCCCAAAUGGAUCAUUGUCCAACUCAGCAGAUGCUUUUGGAGCAGCUUGGAAGGUUCCUGGGAACUACACCUGUAGUGACGGCUGUGGCUCUUCAUGUCCACAAUGCAACGAUGAUCGAUCUGCCAGGGCUCAGUGUGAGGUGAUUCAGGCAGCUGACAGCCCCUUCAGCUUCUGCCACGAGGAGGUGGAUCCAGCACCAUAUUUCAGUGACUGCGUCUUCGAUGUCUGCGUGUUGGGAAGUCAAGGCAGUGAUCUUUUAUGCAGGGCUAUUGAGACAUACGUCAGUGCCUGUCAGUCUGCUAAUGUCCGAAUCUACCCUUGGAGGCAAAGCACCACUUGCAGUAUUGAGUGCCCAGCCAACAGUCAUUAUGAGCUGUGUGGAACAGACUGUGGCAACACCUGUGCCAGCAGCAUCGAUGCUGCCUGUGACCAUGUUUGCUCUGAGGGAUGUUUCUGUGAUGAAGGUUUUUCCAGGAGUGGAUCAAGCUGUGUCCCUGUGGAAAGCUGUGGCUGCCAGUAUGAUGGAUUCUAUUUCAAU